GAGCUCGUAUAAUUCUCAAGAUUCAAUAGUCGUGUAUAUAAUGGAAGAAACAAAGAAGCAAACUGAAACUGAUGAUAAUUUUAUCUUAGAUUUUAACAAAAUAGAUGAAUAUACCUCUCAACAUAAGCAAAAGAUUGCAACAAAUGAAAGACUUGGAACCGAAAAUGAAAACGUCAAGACGUUCACUUGUAAACAUUGUAAGGUCAUUUACGAUGAUAUAAAGACGUACCAAUGUCACAUGACUCUUGAAGAAAGACUGUACUAUUGUCAUCAUUGUAAGGAUUCAAAGCGGAUUACGAAACAAGAAUUGAUCGAUCACUGCAAACUGUUUGGAAUUCCGUUCAAUCAACCGAAAUUCUUUCGAAAUGCCAGGGUCAAAAAACCGCGAUCUCCACGUGUUAACAACGGACUAUUGUGUGAAAUAUGCGAUCGAGAGUAUAACGAAAAGAAAUCAUUAGAAGAACAUUACGCGGAAGCGCACAUAGAUCACUACAAAUGCGAGACGUGUGACGAAGGUUUUAAGAAACUCCUGGAAUAUGUUGUUCACAUAAAAGGUCACAGCAGCGAUAAUAACACAUUCAAUUGCACGCUUUGUCAAUACUCAACUCAAAAAAGCUGUUUAUUCAAGAUACAUCUACAAGCCAAUCAUGACAAAUUUAAAAAAUACACAUGCGACGUAUGUAGCAAGAAGUUCUCUGUUCACUCUCGGUUUCAAGAGCACAUGAACUUUCAUACCGGCGAGAAACCGUUUCAGUGUGAUUUUUGCGGCAAGAAUUUCAUGUACUCGAAGUAUCUUUCAUCACACAUUGCACAUUUUCACAAAGUGCGAUCCGAGGAAGAACUGAAGUGUACCAUUUGUGGCAUGCAAUGUACAACGUUCGUAACUCUGAUGGAUCAUAAACGGAGAAAACACCCGAAGGUCUUGCACGUUUGCGAGGUGUGCGGUAAAACGUUUAGUGAGAAAAUCGGACUCACGCUUCAUUCCGUUGUUCAUUCGAAUGAGAAGAUUUAUGGGUGCUCUUACUGUCCAAAGAAAUUUAGCAGGAAAUAUUGCGUGCCAGAACAUGAGCGAAUUCAUACGGGCGUUAAACCCUUUAAAUGUCCCGAAUGCGGCGAGGGAUUCGCUCAAAGGGGAACGAUGAAAAUACACUUGAGAAAACACACUGGCGAACGACCUUACGUUUGUUACAUGUGCAAUAAAAGUUUCGUGGCGAAAAGCGUUCUUCCUGGUCACUUCAAAAUUUGCAAAGGGAAGAAACAUACUAUGAAAUAAAUCUUUGUUUAAUACAUGCAAUUUAUAAUUACAUAGUUUUUAUAUGUUGAAUGUAGGCGUGAAUAUGAACAAGACUUAAAUAGUAGAUGUUAAGACAGUUAUGAUUUAUUUGUGACAUUAAAGUAGUUUCAAACUUAUAAACGUGUUUAACUUGAACAAAAUAAUUCGAAGUGGUCUGUGUUCCGUCGAAC